CUGUUGCAGGGAAAACGCCACAAUGGCCUCGGGUGGAGUAGCGAAUGCUGCUCCUGCAGGAGGGGCGAAUGAUGUGAGCCUGGAGGAGCCAAAGAAGAUGACAAGGGAAGACUGGAGGAAAAAGAAGGAGUUAGAAGAACAGAGAAAACUAGGAAAUGCACCUGCUGAGGUGGAUGAAGAAGGAAAAGAUAUCAAUCCUCACAUUCCUCAGUACAUCUCCUCAGUGCCAUGGUACAUAGAUCCUUCUAAAAGACCGACACUAAAGCAUCAGAGACCUCAGCCAGAGAAGCAGAAACAGUAUAGCUCCUCUGGAGACUGGUACAAACGAGGGGUUCAAGAGCAUGCUGUGGCAACCAGGUAUCGUAAAGGAGCCUGUGAGAACUGUGGUGCAAUGACACACAAAAAGAAAGACUGCAUGGAGAGACCCAGGAAAGUUGGAGCAAAGUACACAGGGAUGAACAUUGCACCAGAUGAACAUGUGCAACCUCAGCUGAUGUUUGAUUACGAUGGGAAGAGAGAUCGUUGGAAUGGUUAUAACCCAGAGGAGCACAUGAAGAUUGUAGAGGAGUACGCCAAGGUUGAUUUGGCCAAACGUACACUGAAAGCCCAGAAACUUCAGGAGGAGUUAGCAUCAGGGAAGCUGGAGCAAGUGAACUCCCCAAGACACCAGUGGGGAGAAGAGGAACCAAAUUCACAGACAGAAAGAGAUCAUAACAGUGAAGAUGAAGAUGAAGAUAAAUAUGCAGAUGACAUUGAUAUGCCUGGGCAGAACUUUGACUCUAAAAGACGAAUCACAGUUCGAAAUUUACGUAUUCGGGAAGAUAUUGCAAAAUACUUGAGGAAUCUAGAUCCAAACUCUGCUUAUUAUGAUCCCAAAACAAGAGCAAUGAGGGAGAACCCAUAUGCCAACACAGGCAAGAAUCCAGAUGAAGUUGGUUAUGCAGGUGACAACUUUGUUCGUUACACAGGAGAUACCAUUUCAAUGGCACAGACUCAGUUGUUUGCUUGGGAGGCUUAUGACAAAGGCUCUGAAGUUCAUCUUCAAGCAGACCCUACAAAAUUAGAGCUCCUUUAUAAAUCCUUCAAAGUGAAGAAAGAAGAUUUCAAAGCACAGCAGAAAGAAAGCAUCCUAGAGAAGUAUGGAGGACAAGAACACUUAGAUGCUCCACCAGCUGAACUGCUGUUAGCUCAAACAGAAGAUUAUGUGGAGUACUCUAGGCACGGAACAGUCAUCAAAGGACAAGAGAAAGCUAUUGCUUGUUCCAAGUACGAAGAGGAUGUGAAGAUCAACAACCAUACAUGCAUUUGGGGUUCAUACUGGAAGGAAGGCAAGUGGGGUUACAAGUGCUGCCACUCGUUUAUCAAGUACUCGUACUGUACAGGAGAGGCUGGGAAGGAAAUUGCUAAUGCAGAAGCAAAUUUACUGGAAGAGCAGCCUGGGGAGGAAGAACACCUGACAAAACCUAAAACACUGAUGGAGAUCCACCAAGAGAAACUGAAAGAGAAGAAAAAGAAGAAGCACAAGAAGAGCUCAAAUUCAGACAGCGAGGGUGAAGAGAAGAAAAAGCAAGAAAAACUUAAAAAGGCACUAAAUGCAGAAGAGGCUCGUCUGCUGCAUGUUAAAGAAAUCAUGCAGUUAGAUGAGAGGAAGAGACCAUACAACAGCCAGUUUGAGGCCAGGGAGCCAACAGAGGAGGAGAUGGAAGCCUACAGAAUGAAACGGCAGAGACCUGAUGAUCCCAUGGCCUCUUUCCUGGGACAGUAG